AUGCUCAACAACCUCACGGCGACAGCUUUAGGAGGUCACAAAGAUUCCUGUUCAGAAGACAGCAAGCCGCACGAGAUCAAGCCGAGCCUCGAGCGUCCGCACCAUGCGCUGGGCGCGCGAUUGCACAUCGCGCACAACAUCAGGGCCGAUCACUUGCAAGGUGGCAUCCACCAACAGCACAGUGGGGGGCACAUGGCGACGGUGCCGGUCAGCAUGUCCUCCUCGGCGUCAGACAGCGACAAGCCGACCAAGCAAAAGAGGCAUCGGACUAGGUUCACACCAGCACAACUGAACGAGUUAGAGAGAUGUUUCUCGAAGACCCACUACCCUGAUAUCUUCAUGCGGGAGGAGAUCGCAAUGAGGAUCGGGCUCACAGAGAGCCGAGUACAGGUCUGGUUCCAGAACCGCCGGGCGAAGUGGAAAAAGCGCAAGAAGAGCACCAACGUGUUCCGAUCUCCAGGGGCGCUGUUGCCCUCCCAUGGACUCCCACCCUUCGGGACUGGAGACGUCUGUAGUCCGGGAGUGUUCGCUGACCGACCCUGGUCCAUGCCUGCAGGUCUCGGCCAGCUAUCCCAGGGUGGUGUGUCUAUGGGGGGCUUCGGAGCGGGCACGCUGCCCCAACUAGCGGCUGAUCUUAACCCAUCGCUUCCCAUAAGUUCUGUGGCCUCUGGGCAGCCGUACCAAGGCCACUACCCGCUGAAUUCGCUGGGCGAUACCAUGAUGUCGUACUGCAACAACAUCAGUGGUGGUCAGCAGGCUGGCGGACCGCUAGAGGGCUCCCCCACUCCUCCUCACAUGCACUGCGCCAACAACAACGCGUCGCCUACAGCUUCAGGUAAUGGAGGCGAACCAGCUGAAGAAGAAGUGUGGCGCGGUCAUAGCAUCGCUGCGCUCAGACGCCGAGCAUCGGAGCUCUCCGCGGCCAUACCACCGUAUCUCCAACUAAACUACGACGCACACAGCCCGGUGUACUGACCGUGUGACUUUCGAUCGAGCGGCGUUCGAUCGAGCGAUUUUCUCGUUCAACCGGACGACGGACCACGAGAUAUCGACAGAGUUGCUAUCCGUCACUGUUUGAAUGAUUUUUCAAACAGACCGGUUUAUUAAAGUUUUUGAUUUCGGAUUUAUAUUAAUAAAUCUGAGAUAAUAAGUAAAGAUGCUGGAUUGUUUUAUGACACAUACAGAACAGUUUCUGAACACAAAAACAAUACUUUACUUAUAAUAAUAUAAAAAUAUUGAAUAAUCGAUUCAGUAGUUGAAAUGCAUGAAAUGCCCAAAAAUAAUACCCGUGUUGCGUUAAUUGGAAGUAACAUUUUCAGAACGGUUUAGAACUUAAUGAAAUAUUGUGAUACGACUUUGGUAAUCCUAAUCUCUAAAACUCAGACUAUCGAUGUAUACGAUCUAUCAAUUUAUAUUGGUACGUUACAGUAAUUAUUAGCACUUACUCGUAUCUUACAAUUCUUUAUUAAACAAAGAUGUGUUCAAAUAAUUGUAUAAAAUACAAUCCCCAUCAUAAGGGAUUGUAUUUAGAGACAAUAUUUGCAAUGAAUUCUUCGAAGAACAAGGAAUACAGUUCGACGUUUAUCUGACUGUAGUAAAGAAUGUGAUCUCUGUUUUUGGUUACUGAAGAGUAUCUAACUUAGAAAUAUUGAGAAAAAAUAAUUCUCCUCGAGACUUCUAAAUUGAUGUCUUCAAUGCAUUUUUGAUGCCAUACCGUGACUACAGUAUUUUAGUCACUUCUUAGGGCAUCGUAAUUUGAAAAUUGUGAGCUGUAUAAAAAUACGUGUAUACGCAUUCGUACAAUAAUAAUUUUAAAUAUUUGUAAUUGUAAGCUAUUUAUUUCCUAAGCGAUUAUUAUAAAGAUAUAGACAUAGUUUUAGGUAGACCUAAAAUCAAUGUAUCUAUAAAAGUUUGUGGUAUCCAAGGUUUUAGAUAUUAGGUAUUGUUUCAACAUUCCAGAUUCAAUGGUAGAGUAAUUAAAUUAUCUAGAUAAUAACUGAAAACCGCUCCUUAUAUUUUAUUAUUGUAAUUGAUCCGUUUCUUCGUGAACAUAAUAAUAAGUACUUAAAACACACGAAACUAACGAUAAUAGAUAUUAUUGCAAAUAGCCAAAAGAACCUUCAAUUAUAAUGUGAUAGCCAGUGGAAUGUGUUUCUAUUUUUCACGCUUUUUCUAAGCUAUCUUCUUCUUUUUUCAUCUAAUUUUACCUCUGCAACAACUCUGUGCCAACAUACGUCGUAGAAUAACUAGUACUAAAACUUAUCUUCUUAUUAUUUAAAAAAGGUUCCUUGAAUAAAACAAGAAAAAGUGUUAAAAAUAGUAAUGCAAUGGUGGGUAUCUCGAUCCAAAGUAUUUUAUGUGUGUAAAUGUAUAGUUAGAUAAUAUAAAAUUAAAUAAGUGGAUUUUUUAUUAAAUUCGGAAACUCGCGGCCACUCUUUUUAUUUUUAUUGAUUAGUUAAAAGUGGUUGAUAGUUCCUAUUUUUUUGGCCCCGGUGAGUGUAUUGUUUAAGUUAACUCAUAUUGUUUUUGUUCUAAGUAUUAUUUCCGUCCGUCAAAGAUAUUUUUUUUCAACUAUUUUUCUCUGGGGCCUUGAUUUUUGAAAGCUGCAUCUGCAUAUACGUAUUAGUAUUAUAUUUUAUGUACAGUAGUUUUAAGUUUCAUUGGAAAGAAGCCGAAGUUUUGGUUUUGCUUAUUUUGUAUAAAAUAACAAUCGUAAAAUCUGAACUUAAAUUUAAAUCCAAAAUGUACUACGAUUAUGUGCUACGUACCCAUAAUUCGGUCUUAAAACGAAAUUAUUUUCUGUUAUUCCAUGAAUUCUUUAUAAGUGAAGGACUGAGUGAAUAUUUUAGCGUUUAGAAGAUACCUAAAUUAAUAAUAUAAGUAUUUACGAUGAUUCGCUCGCCCGUAUAGCCUACAUUUAGUAAUAUGCAUUAUAUUAGUUAACUAAGCAUUAUUAUACAUACAUACAAUAAA